AAAACAUAACCUCUUUGUUUGUUUGGGUGAGGUGACAGUUGUUGACCUAUUGUUGAUAUUUAUUGUUUGAACAAGAUGUAUGUUAUUCGAUAACGUUGAGUUGAAGUGAUCCAAUGUCAAUGACAACAAUAAGUUUAAUUAUUAUAUUUUCUACCGUUUUAAUGAUGCGGGCCGGUUUAGCCACAAUGGCUACACAUUUUAAGUGUAGAGGCGGGCUUUACCCCCGGUCUAAAGUUGAAAGGUUCCCUGUGCCAGACGAUAAAGUGAUCUGGGGUACCCCAUACAAGGAAUACGCUCCACGGAACUAUACCUCACCCCAUAUUACUGGAAAACCAUGGGCAGACCCAGAGAUUGGUGAACCAGAUUUCCAGCCACAGUGGAACAAAUUAGAUUACGAUGUGAACAGGGAAAGUUACUUAGGGGAGUAUGCUAUCAUAAACCGUGUGCCUAGAAACCCCAUUGGAAGGACGGGGAUCAUUGGGCGCGGCGUGCUGGGGCGGUGGGGACCCAACCACGCUGCCGACCCUGUCGUCACCCGCUGGAAGACAUGUGAGACUGGUGGUAUUGAACUUACUAAAGAUAAUAUACCCACUUUGCAGUUUGUAGCUAUAAAACGUGGAGACACUGGUGAAUGGGCUCUGCCUGGAGGGAUGGUGGAUCCUGGUGAGAGAGUUGCUGCUGCCGCCUUCAGAGAAUUUCAGGAGGAGGCCAUUAAUUCUCUACAAAUGACAGACGAUCAAAGAGAAACUUGGCAACUAGAAUUUGAGAAAUUCUUCAGUGGUGGUGAAAUAAUGUAUUGUGGGUAUGUGGAUGACCCUCGUAACACCGACAAUGCCUGGAUGGAGACUCUAGCCAUCAACUUUCAUGAUGAAGAUGGGUCUGUGGUUGGAGGCCUGAAGCUGCACGCUGGGGACGACGCAGUCGGCGUGCGCUGGGUCGACAUCACGCCCGACUUGAAACUCUAUGCAAGCCACAAGGAUAUUGUCUAUGAAGUGCUCAGGAAGCGUCUGUCUAUGUAUACUGAGGACGACGAUGAUGAGGAUCGCAAAAAAAGAGGUUAAAGAUUAAUUUGUUGUUGCAUAGUGUUAUUAUAAUAUUAAAUAUUAUUAGGUAUUAUGAUGUUAAUACUCAUUUUAAUGUUUUCUUACCAUAACUACUAUAAUAAUUCCAGAAGUGUUAAUGUAAUUUUGGGUGUAUGUUCACUCAAAUAAAACAAUUUUGUAAACAUAA